AACUGCCCAAUGGAAAGGAAUGUUUGUCGACAUGCCCGAGGCAGUGGCAAGGAUUCACGCACAGCAAGAUGAAUUACAAGCAAUCAAAAGGCAGUAUCAGGAAUCCCAGAAGCAAGAAGCACAGAAAACGAAUACUUACCAGGUUGAUGUACCUUAUGUUGUGCACUAUCAGAAGAUGCGAAAAGUUACCUGCAAAAUUGAAGAUGAAGGGUGUCAGAAGCCUUAUCAUUAUAAGGGACCCGACACGCAGUGUUGGUGUGGAGAACGUAUGGACUCACCAAAAGAACAUUGUAGCAUUUGUGUUUGGAAAAUACAGACGUGUAGAGCUAUCACACUCUUACCAGAUGAAGUACUUGCAAAGCUAGAGAAAGAGGAGAAGAUUAAGCCCAAGCAACAAUUGAAGCCUAUAAUCCAAAGCGAUGCAGCAUAUCCAAAGAAGUGGGAAACAAGGGGAAUCCUCCAAGCUAGAAAAUGGACCCCGAAGGCAGAGCUUCCUACUCCAGUUCAUCAAGGCUUCAUCCUCUAUUCGAAUGAAGACACGGUAGUAUGUGGACAAGAGUAUGUUCCAACUGGUAUUGAAAUCAAAGUACCUGAAGGCAUGUCUGCAAUGGUUAGCUCAUUGGACAACACGAGUAGCUACAUCAUUCCUGCCACACUAAUCCAAACGCACGGUCGGAUAAAAGUCCCCAUGAUCUCAAUCUAUGGUGCUUGUAUAUCAGCAAGGCAGCCUAUAGCCAAGCUUACCCUCCUAACAAUCGCAGGAGCUCAACUAGUCGCAGCAGGACAACAAAAAGAAUCCAAACCAUCACCAUUCACGAAGAAUUCGACACCUGAUCAAGAUGCUCAAGUAAAAGCUUUG